AUGCCCGAGAAUCGUCAUAACGGCCGUGAUCGCAAGCGAAAACAUCCUUCUUCACCAAACAAUACUGUUCCGCGCACUUCUCCGUAUACUCCCAAUCGCCCUGCCGAUAAUUAUACCCCGCGAAAUUCCGGAGGUGGAGUUGGAAACCGUUCCGGCAGACGCGGCCGCCAGAGUUCAACAUCGCAGCAACCUCAACAAUCGCAGCAGCAACAACCGCAGCAACCACUGACAUUACAACAGCCGCCUCAUAACCGUCGCCGCCCCGAAGACACGGUCAUGACAGCUGACGAAAGCGUGAUGGCUAGCACACCUACUGAUCCCGGCACCCCUGGAGACUUUUAUUAUUGGGAGUUCUUCUCCGAUGUAAAUCUCCGCGCUUGGCAGUCCGAAGGUGCUGCGCGGGUUCAAGAUGCUCUGGGCAGGUCAAUUGUUAGUGAAGAUGUCGAUGAGGUUUGUAUCAUAUUACAGGAACUUGUCAGGGCGACUCUUGAGGGGAGAAUUUCCAUUCAAGAUUCCUACAAGUUUGUCACCGACAUCAUCAACUUCUUCCCCAAGGACCCUGACUCGGGAAUCGAUAUCCAAUAUUUAUUCCUUUCGACUGUUGCGAGUUACGAGGAUUUGAAUACCACAAUUCCACAUAAUCUAACGAAGCUUUUGGAGGCACUUUCCCCCUCUCCGAUCCCGACAGAGCUAUUCGCUUUGCAUUUAGAACCCUCGGCCUUAUCGGCGCUGGGCCUGGUUACGUCGCAGUUUCCCAAAAAGGCGAUCAAGGUUACGACGAGUCUCAUUUACAAGCAGCGCAAACAUAACCUUCUCCGAGAGGAGAGCGAAGGUUAUUCGAAGCUCAUCACAGAAUUUUUUACCGCUUCAUAUUCGCAAUUUCCUCUGGAAGUGGUCGGCCGGACUGGUGAGAGAGUGAAGGGGUUGGUGGGUGCUUUCGAGUUAGAUCCUGCAAGGGUUUUAGAUGUGCUCCUCGACACCGCCGCUAGCACCGUUGUAUCGAACGCGCGUUUCUUUGUCAGGCUGUUGAGAGAGAGUGCAUGGUGGCCAAAGCACCUUCCCUCUUCUUCCGAAGACGAAUUCAGUAAUACUGGCAAGGGCCGCGAAGAGCUGAAAGCUGAAAAAGAACGGAAAAAGUUGAUUAUGGAUGCUGAAUUCUUCGAAGCGCUGAAGAAGGACGGGAUAGUCAAAUUCUUCGAAUAUAGGGAAGGGUCCCGGGGGGCAGGUGGAAAUAAGGUUGCUGCGCAAUUGCUCGGGUUCAAAUUCCGGUAUUACCAGAGCGAUGACGCCCUGGAUAACUUGCCGGAGAAUUUGGUUGUACUCAGCGCUCUACUUAUCAAGAUCGGCUUUGUUGAUCUGGCUGACCUCUACCCGCAUUUGUCUCCGAGCGGGGACGGGGAAAUGAUGGAGUUGCGGGCAGCUUGGUUGAAAAAGAUGACAGAUGAGUUGAAGGUAGUGAAACCCAAUGCGCUAGCCAUGGCGGGUAGUCUCCACGAUGACACGUUGCCGAAUCCACCUCGAGCAAAGCUUUCUGCACCCGCACCGGUAGAAGAGAAGAAGCCAGAGGAGCCAAAGCCAAGGGAACCAGAAAAACGGGAAAAUUGGAACCAGAAGGUCGCCCUUCUCAAGCAUCUCUUGGCUCUUGGCGCGCUCCCCGAGGCCAUGUUCAUUCUCGGAAAAUACCCUUUCCUCACCGGGCUUGAGAAGGAUAUUGCAGAUGCUCUUUCAAGGGUCCUGGUCCGGGCUAUCGAGGCCGUGUAUGCGCCUUUGAGGCCUCGGUGUGCAGAUAUGGGAAUUGCAAAGGUUGCAACACCUUUACCUGGGGGAGUGGUUGAGAUGAAGACCCCAUUGAAGCGGAAACAAAUGGUUACGUUCACUGUUAGCAAUCUCAACUUGCGGGGCAUUGACAUUGAUUAUCGGUUCUUCUGGGAGGACUGGAAAGAUGGGGUACCAACCUGUAGAGAUGCUACAGAUGUGGUGAUUCUAAUGGAAUCUUUAGGAAAACUUUUUGGUCUCAGGAUCGGGAGAGAUCCCAUGUUAAUGUCUAUGGUUUGUAGGAUUGGGCGGAGUGUGCUGGAGAACCCGGAUUGCACACAGGAGGACAGGAGCAGGUGGAUUAACCUUUCUAGGUCCAUUAUCGUACCCGCGGUCAGCUUCACGGAGGGAAACCAAGGUAUAGUGAACGAGGUAUGGGGGAUGGUCAGUUGCUUUCCAACGGAGACUAGAUAUUCGAUCUACGGUGAAUGGAUUUCUAGGGAGAAAAUGAGGAUCCCGGAUCUUAAGUUGAAAAUCUCUAAAACGGAAAAGGAAACUAAAGAUCUUUUGAAGAGGUUAUCCCUAAUUACCAUCAAGCCGAUUUCUCUCGGCCUUGCCAAGGUGGCAGUUAGCUCGCCGGUCACGGUUAUGCAGGUUCUCCUGAGCCAAGUUGAAACCUAUGACAACUUGAUUGAAUGUGUUGUGGGCGGAGCAAAGUACUUCACGCCGUUGGCAUUUGAUGUGAUAGGGUUUUGUGUGCUUUUUAGGUAAGUGACUAUUCCACCCCGCUCCGGAGAUGUCCUAACACUUUCAAAGUAUGAGCACGGCUGGAAAGCAGAGUGUGCAAGCGGAUGGGAUGUUGACUAGCAGGUGGCUCAAAUGUAUACUUCCUUGUUCUCUUGAAAUUCCUUUUCAGGAUGAGCUAACCAUCCUGAAGCGCUUGGGCAAUUUUGCGGCCAGAUCUAUACCCGCUAUUAUAGGCAGAUGGACCCAGCACCAGUACUCGAAUAUAUUGCACGCCAACUAAAGCAGAAUACCUGGUCAGGAUUAGGAGUACUACAAGAAAUAAUUCAGUCAAUGACCGGAAUCGAUCCAGACAUAAAUUUGACUGACAGCCAACAUCGAGGCCUUGCCGGUGGGCCCUAUAUCCGCAGUCUUAUCCUCGGACAGUUUCGCGACUCCAAGGCGGAAGAUUCUCCGCGCACAAUGAAGGCUCUCACUGAUACGUUGAUGAGAUCUGGGCUCGCCAUACAGCUUCUCAUUCUGAUAGCCCAAGCAAGGCAGAACUGUCUCUACCAAAAUCCCGGAACGGUGCCAUUGAAGGUUCUUGGUAACUUGUUUGAUCAGAUUCACGUGGUGUUUGGACAAUAUUCCGAGCUAUUGCAGACCGCCUUACCAGCGGAAAAGUACGAAGGGAUGGUCCCUAGCGUGGGGCGGCUUUGUCGGGACUUUGGGCUGAAACCGGAUAUUGCGUGGUGGAUUGCAAGGGGCGCUAUAAACACAAAGAUACAACGAAUCCAGUCACCAGAUGGCCGUGAGGAUAUCGAUAUGGGAGGAACUCAGGAUGAAGAUACCGCUAUCGCCCCGGAGAAAACACCAUGGAAUCCCGUAUUGAAAAACAUUAUGGAUGAGCUCCGACCGGUCUUGCCCGUGUCUGAGUGGCCUGGUUCCUUGGCCUUCUAUGUUGCAUUCUGGCAUUUGUCGCUUUAUGAUAUCUAUGUCCCUAUGACUACUUAUAAGAACGCUAGCGCUAGUAUACAAGACGAAAUUGCGGCUUUACCGGACAAGAGAUCGCCACGCAGCUACGAGCUUUUGGGGUCCACCACCAAGUUGAGUGAGGAAGUUAAAACUCACAUAUGCCACAAUGGUUUGGUCAAGAAACGGCUCCAACUUGAAAAGGACCACUGGUUUAACGAGUUCACUGAUCCGCGGGAGGUUACCAACGCCAUCGUUCAGUAUUGCCUAAUGCCCCGGAUUGUUUUGAGCCCAAACGAUGCUAUAUUUUGCUCAAAGCUUAUCAAAGAGUUACACAAACUGGUACCCCCGAAGUUUCACACAGUUGGAAUUUUUGAUGCUAUAUUCGGUAAACAUAUGGGGAAGACCAUAUUUACCUGCACCCAACAAGAAGCCGAGAAUCUGGGUAAGUUUCUGAAGGAGGUGCUAUCGGAUCUUCACGCAUGGCACGCGGAUAAAGCACACUACGAACGAGAAGCCCAUAAUAAUGGGAAGAAUCUGAACGGUUUCGCUUUUCGAGGCGCUCCAAUGGAUUGGGAGGAUUUCCGAAAGCUCCUUUAUAAGUGGCAUAAAACCAUUCACAGCGCUAUCAAGAAUUGUCUCUGCUCCAAGGAAUAUAUGCAUAUCCGGAACACUGUCAUUGUUCUAAAGCACAUUUAUAAUUUCUUUCCUUCCGUGGAUUGGAUCGGUCGCACCGUGCUUGAAAAGGUAGAGGAGCUUGGGAAGCAUGAGAAGAGGGAGGAUCUAAAAAUUGCGUCUGCAACACUUUUAGGGCUUCUCAAGCACAGAGAGAAGGAUUGGGUGCUCGUCGCGGCAUUUCAAAAGGUAAUCGUUAGCUUUCGUUUCUCUAAAAGAUUAUAGACUAACCAUGUGAUAGGGAUCCUUGACCGAAGCACUGACACCAGUGGUUUCAGGAAGCAAACAGCCCAGCCCCGUGCCCACGUCUACCCCAACGCCUACCCAGCAACCGCCUAUAGAUGCCAAUGCUUCAGCGCAACCUAACGCCGCUCCUUCGGCCACUGUUACUAAGUAUAUCAAUCGCACUACCUACUAAAGACAACUAAAGCUAAUCAUUUUUCUUAUCUUUCCCAGUGGCCCUCCUGCACUUACUACCAACAAUACCCUACCAUCCAAACCUGAUGCAGAGAAGGAAGAUGGGGAAAUUGAUGACAGCAAAGGGAGCAAGGAGAUUAAACGCGCUCCAAACCUUCCUCAACGACCUGCUGUACCCCCUCCUCCGCUGCGACGCCAACCCUCUAGGGAUCCGCCCAGGCUCCAGCAAAGUCAACAACCCAAUGAACCUUCAAGAGCGGGGACACCAAGAAGGGACGAGCCACUAAACCCUCGGCCCAACCAGGAUAUGUCGCGAAAUCUAAACCAGGUCAACAGGGGACCCCCACCUCAGCCCAAUAGGCCACUGCCCCAGCACCAACUGCCGGACAGGCCGCCGGUCCAACAACCCCAUGAUAGGGCCAGGGAUAUGAGAGAUUCCCCGCGGUCCAUAGAAGUUCGAGGUACAGCUGGUAGGCCUAUCACCGAGAGGUUACCAGACCGGCCAUCAGAUCGAUUGGGGGACAGGCGCCCUCUCUCUCCCAGAAGAGAGGGUAGGGAUCAGCACCGACGUGAUAAUGAUAGAGGGAGGGUGAGAGAAGACAACUUUCAAAGACCAGCACUGCCCAUCAGAAAUGAUGAUCGGGUUCCGAGGACUGGAGAAAGGAAGGAUCCAGAUAUCCGAAUGGAACCGUUGCCCAAUAGGUCUACCCAGCCACCUCAACCUGUCAGAACAGACUCCAGAAGCCAGUCAUCAGAUGUCGACAGAAGAAGACCAGACAGGACGGACGACCGAUCUCGUCGACACGAUCGCCCCGAUUUACAGGCUCACCAGAUGGAGAUCGAUCGUCCCGAUCCCGAUCGCAGAGUAUUGGAUCGGAGGGCUUCCGAUCAAAACCUCCCUAGGCAGCAAGCACCCCAGGAGGAUGCCCACUCUCAACGACCGCCUGCUGCCCCACGUGCAGAUGUCGAGCGUGAGAGGGAAAGGAGAAACCGUCAAGAGGGCCCGUCAACCCCGAAAGAACGUGACCUAUUGACUGGGGCUCCACCAAGAGGACCGUCGGGCUCAUCGCUUAGCGAUUUCCGUGAACCCCGUCACGCUCCACCAGUUACGCACCAGGACCCCAAUCAUGGGAGACUUAAUCCACCUGAUGUCAUACCCAAGGGCCCACGAGAUCGUAGUGCGCCAAUGGGACCCAGAGGCAAUAUGAAUAGGGUUGCAUCCUCGCCGGCUCUCACCGCCACUUCAGGGACACAGCGAGCUCCACAAAAUAACCAACCUGGCGUGCAAACUCCGCUGCCAUCUCCAGGCCUGGAAAAUAAGCCGCCGCCGGCUGUGGCUUUGGUGGACAACAAAAUUGAGACUCAAAAACCUGCAGAUAACACAGGAGUUUCAACCAAUGGAAGUGAUACUGCCGGAAUCCACCCAGAUAGAUUAAGAAAUGUUGUCCAGAAUCCACAGCCACUACCGCCACUAUUGCCACCACAACCGCCACAACCACAACCACAAUCCCCGGUUACUCAAUCCCAACCUCCGCAACAGUCUUCAUCCGUUCACCCAAGCCGCCGACAGGCCAUCCAAGGGGCAUCAACCACGUCAACUUCUGCUGCAACUCCCGGUCCACCUUCGGGUCCCCGUGCGAAUCCUAUUCCUGGCGUUGUUUCUCCGCCUGCCCCAUCACCCACCACAUCAAACCCACCACCGCCAGCUAAGCAAGGCUCGCCACCUACGGGGCCUUCUAGGGGUGAUAGAGGUGAUGAUGCCCAUCACCAGCGGCGCCGCAUGAUGACUAUGCAGAAUAUCAUUGGCCAGGCGUCCGGGGGGGGGUGAUGCUGCACCGGGUAGCUCCAGCAAAGGCAGACCCUCAAGGCGUGUUGGGGGCACAAGCGGCACCCCUGGGCGGGAUAAUGGCAGAAACACUUUACCGAUAACCACUAGCGACACUACUCGACGAGGUGGUAACGGCAAUGGUUCUCAGGGUGAUUCUACUCGUAGAGGCAGUGGCCCCGAACCAGGAAGACCCACCUCAGUUUCAGGAGGAUCCGCGGAAGAUCGAGAUCGGGAACGCGAUAGGGACAGACCGGCCUCAGAUCACGGAAGUCGCAGUGGCCGCCAUGGGCGUGAUAGGGGGGACAGGGAGCGCGAACGAGACAGAGAUAGGGAUAGGGAUAGAGAGCGUGAGAGAGAUCGGGUUCCACGUGACGGAGACCGAGAGCGUGAGCGAGAGCGUGAACGCCAGGCGGACCGUGAUCGUGACCGUGAACGAGUCGGAAUGGACCGCGACAGGGGGCUAGAUCGUGAUCGUGGACAGCAAGAGAGAGACCGCGAUCGUGAAGCCCGAGAUCCAAGGGAACGUGAUCGCCAUCUUGCUGAGCGUGAGCGUGAACGCGAUCGGGAUAGAGAAUCACGUAGGGGAAGUGGUUUGGCUGCUGUAAUUGGCGGAAGCAGUGGUGGUAGGGAUAGAGAUAGAGAUAGAGACCGCGAUAAAGAGCGUGAAAGGCGCGAUGGAAGGGAUAGGGAGCGAAAACACGGCCGCGAGAAUGACAACGGGAGAAAGGAUGAGUCCAAGAGACGUAGAAGGGGUGAACAAGGUGGAGGGGGUGGCGGUGGAUGGUAA